CGCAGUCGGGGCGGGGGGGGUCGCGACUCGGGUCGGUGUCGCUGGCGCGUCCUCCGCCUGUCGCGACAUCAGGGCGGCGAUAAUGGUGGAUUACCACAGCGCGGGGCAGCCCCACCCGUACGGCGGGAACGGGCCGGGCCCCAAUGGCGACUACAUGGCCCAGGAGGACGAUUGGGAUCGGGAUCUGCUCCUGGACCCCGCCUGGGAGAAGCAGCAGCGCAAGACGUUCACGGCCUGGUGCAAUUCCCACCUGCGCAAGGCGGGCACGCAGAUCGAGAACAUCGACGAGGAUUUCCGGGAUGGGCUCAAGCUGAUGCUGCUGCUCGAGGUCAUCUCAGGGGAGCGGCUGCCCAAGCCGGAGCGGGGCAAGAUGAGGGUGCACAAGAUCAACAACGUCAACAAAGCCCUGGACUUCAUCGCCAGCAAAGGGGUCAAGCUCGUCUCCAUCGGGGCUGAGGAGAUCGUGGAUGGGAACGCCAAGAUGACGCUGGGCAUGAUCUGGACGAUCAUCCUGCGCUUCGCCAUCCAGGACAUCUCCGUGGAAGAGACCUCGGCCAAGGAGGGGCUGCUGCUCUGGUGCCAGCGCAAAACGGCUCCGUACAAGAACGUCAACGUGCAGAACUUCCACAUCAGCUGGAAGGACGGGCUGGCCUUCAACGCCCUCAUCCACCGGCACCGCCCGGAGCUGAUCGAGUACGACAAGCUGCGGAAGGAUGAUCCUGUCACCAACCUCAACAACGCCUUUGAGGUGGCUGAGAAGUACCUGGACAUUCCCAAGAUGCUGGAUGCCGAGGACAUCGUGGGCACGCUGCGGCCCGACGAGAAGGCCAUCAUGACCUACGUGUCCUGCUUCUACCACGCCUUCUCCGGGGCCCAGAAGGCAGAGACCGCUGCCAACCGGAUCUGCAAAGUCCUGGCCGUGAACCAGGAGAACGAGCAGCUCAUGGAGGACUACGAGCGCCUGGCCUCCGAUCUCCUGGCGUGGAUCCAGCGCACCAUCCCCUGGCUGGAGUCCCGGGAUCCCCAGAACACCAUCCCGGCCAUGCAGCAGAAGCUGGAGGAUUUCCGCGAGUACCGGCGCGUGCACAAACCGCCCAAGGUGCAGGAGAAAUGUCAGCUGGAGAUCAACUUCAACACCCUGCAGACCAAACUGCGCCUCAGCGGCCGGCCCGCCUUCAUGCCCUCCGAGGGCAGGAUGGUCUCGGACAUCGGGGCAGGGUGGCAGAGGCUGGAGCAGGCCGAGAAGGGACACGAGGAGUGGCUGCUGACGGAGCUGCGGCGCCUGGAGCGCCUCGAUCACCUGGCCGAGAAAUUCCGGCAGAAAGCCUCGAUCCACGAGGGCUGGACGGAAGGUAAGGAGGUGGCCCUGAGGGACCGGGACUCGGGCGCGGCCUCGCUGGCCCAGGUGUGGCUCAGGGGUCUCAGGUGUGACACAGAGGUGUCAGUGGUGGCACAGGGGGUCUCAGGGGUGUCCCCACACCUGUCCCCAGGUAAGGAGGUGGCCCUGAGGGACCGGGACUCGGGCACGGCCUCGCUGGCCCAGGUGCGGGCGCUGCUCCGCAAGCACGAGGCCUUCGAGUCGGACCUGGCGGCGCACCAGGACCGGGUGGAGCAGAUCGCAGCCAUCGCCCAGGAGCUCAACGAGCUGGACUACCACGACUCCCCGAGCGUCAACGCGCGCUGCCAGAAGAUUUGUGACCAGUGGGACCUGCUGGGCUCGCUGACCCACAGCCGGCGCGAGGCCCUGGAGAAAACGGAGAAGCAGCUGGAGACGAUCGACGAGCUGCACCUGGAGUACGCCAAGCGCGCCGCGCCCUUCAACAACUGGAUGGAGAGCGCCAUGGAGGACCUGCAGGACAUGUUCAUUGUGCACACCAUCGAGGAGAUACAGGGCCUGAUUGCCGCCCAUGACCAGUUCAAGUCGACGCUGCCGGACGCGGACAAGGAGCGCGAGGCCAUCCUGGGGAUCCAGCGCGAGGCGCAGAGAAUCGCCGAGCUGCACGGCAUCCAGGUGCCAGGGAGCAACCCCUACACCUCAGUCACCCCCCAGGUCAUCAACUCCAAGUGGGAGAGGGUGCAGCAGCUGGUGCCCCAGCGGGACCAGGCGCUGCAGGAGGAGCAGAACCGGCAGAACUCCAACGAGCGCCUGCGCCGCCAGUUCGGGAGCCAGGCCAACAGGGUGGGGCCCUGGAUCCAGACCAAGAUGGAGGAGAUCGGCCGGAUCUCCAUCGAGAUGAACGGGACGCUGGAGGAUCAGCUCAACCACCUCAAGGAGUACGAGGAGAACAUCGUGGAGUACAAACCCAACCUGGAGCUGCUGGAGCAGCAGCACCAGCUGGUGCAGGAGGCGCUGAUCUUCGACAACCAGCACUCCAACUACACCAUGGAGCACCUGCGCGUGGGCUGGGAGCAGCUGCUCACGACCAUCGCCCGCACCAUCAACGAGGUGGAGAACCAGAUCCUGACCCGCGACGCCAAAGGCAUCAGCCAGGAGCAGAUGCAGGAGUUCCGCGCCUCCUUCAACCACUUCGACAAGGACCACGGCGGCGCCCUGGGGCCUGAGGAGUUCAAGGCUUGUUUGAUCAGCCUGGGCUACGACGUGGAGAACGACCGGCAGCCGAAGCGCCGCACGGACUCCAACGACUUCCGUGCCCUGCUGGGCCCCGCGGGAUCUGGUCUGGGUGACGCGGAAUUCCAGCGGAUCAUGGCCGUGGUGGAUCCCAACGGCAGCGGCAGCGUCACCUUCCAGGCCUUCAUCGACUUCAUGUCCCGCGAGACGACGGACACGGACACGGCCGAGCAGGUCAUCAACAGCUUCCGCGUGCUGGCCGGGGACAAGAACUACAUCACGGCGGCGGAGCUGCGGCGGGAGCUGCCGGCGGUGCAGGCCGAGUACUGCAUCGCGCGCAUGGCGCCCUACGCCGGCGCCGACGGCGUCCCGGGCGCGCUGGACUACAAAUCCUUCUCCACCGCCCUGUACGGCGAGAGCGACCUCUGAGCUCCCCCAGCGCCCCCAGACCCUUCUAUGCAACACUCGACUCCUCUUGGGCUAGCUCGGGAUCAAAUUCCCACUUUUCUCCUCGGAUCCAGCGCCCAAAAUGGUUAUUUUUGGUAAUGGGACACACACACACACGCAGAAAUUCUGAAUUUUUCACGGCGCGGCCCGAGGGUUUUUUUCUCUGCCCCCUGCUCACCACCUCGCCCUCUGUCCCCACCGUGGUAAUUUAUGGCUUUUACAGAGUGGGGAAAAAAAAAAAAAUUUUGGGAUUUUUUGGGGGGUUUUUUAGUGGUUUUGGUUUUUUUUUUCACUCACAUUCCCGCCUCAGAGCAGCGUUUUGUGGACCAAAAAAAAAUAAAAAAUGAGGAAGAUAAGGGGAAACAGGGAUUAAAAAAUGACAUGGAGAAAUGAGGUGGAAUUAGGGGGGAAAACGUGGAGAGAGAUGGAAAAUUAGGGGGAAAAAAAUAAACUAAAAAUGUGGAGUGUGUGGAAAAAUUAGGAGAGAAAUGAGGAAAAUCAUGGAGAAAUCUGGAGGAAUACAGAAAAAUAUGGGAAAAUAAUGAUAACUAAAGAAGAGUAAGGAGAUAAGAACUGUGGAAAAAUAUG